AUGGUGGAGAAUGUGAUAAGACUUCUACUUGUCUGUGGCUCCUCCCCUUCUCCAUUCAUUGUGCCUCCUGAUGGUUCUUAUCCAUCCAUUUGUGCACUGCGCCUGCGCGCUCGGCAUGCUCCUGGAAGGCACCUUGGCCACCUGCACAAGGGGCGGGAUGGCCCCUGCGAAUUUGCUCCUGUGGUCGUCGUCCCACCCCGAAGUGUUCACAACAUCACUGGGGCCCCCCCAGUCAUCACGUGGAGGAAGGUCACACAGUCUCCUGAGGGCACCCAGGCGCUCAAGGACCUGCCUGGGGACCAUGUCAAUAUCGCUGUCCAGGUACGAGGGGGUCCUUCUGACCACGAGGCCACAGCCUGGAUUUUGAUCAACCCUCUGAGAAAGGAAGACGAGGGAGUGUACCAGUGCCACUCGGCCAAUGCGGUUGGGGAGGCCCAGUCCCACGGCAAGGUGACGGUUAGCGACCUGAGCACGUACAAAGCCCCUCGCUUCCCAGCUCCACACGACCGCAUGUGA